UGCAGCGGCGGGCGCCCGGCCCUCAGCCCCUUCCGGUUGGCUGGCGCAUGGCGGCGGCCGGUGGCGCGGCGGGCCCGGCAGCCUCGCGGGAGCUGUUGGCACUGGGGCGCCGGGGAGGGCUGGAAGAAACUUUGUUGAUUAGUUCAAAAUGUAGCAGCAAGAAGGCCACAACUUUACAGACGGUUAGGGUGCCAAGGAGUAACCUUUUGGACCGAGUACAGAGCUUUUUACCGCAGAUGGCCCAUGCAAAUGAUGAGCUAAGAAGAAAAAUGGUAACAGCACCAGCUCAUCAGUUUGAUAUUGAAAAUCUAGAGAGUGCAACGGAAAAAGUUAUAGAAAUGAAUGUGGCUGUAGUUGAACUGAGUGAUUCUGAUACAGACGAAGAGCUACUAACUUCAGAAGAUGGCUCAGAAUCUGAAGAUGACUGUAUAACUGAUGAAGUUACAAUAGACAACAUUAAGUUUCCUAAACAAAAGGGAGAAAAGGGCAAAAUAGAAAUUUUGGAUAGCAAAGUGAAUGAGUAAAUCCAUUUUAUUUUACUUUAAAAAAAAGGCAAAAAACCCAAAUUGUGUUUUCUUACUUUGAAGACUUGGCCCUUAAAACUACCUUGUUUCCUAAUGUAGCAUCCUUCAGGAUCAUGUGAAAUGCCAUAGUUUACAUGGUGGAGAAUUCAGGAUCCACUCAUGACUGAGGCAGGCUGGAUUCCUGAAGAAUUAAGUACGGUUUUAUUCAUCAAACAACAUGAAAAUGAACUUCAUAGUAGGUUAGACUAAGAAAGCAGCUAGACUUUGGGGCACUUUGAACUACUUAAGUUAAAAUUCUUGUUCUCUUGCUUUGCUGAAAAUUAUUUUUGUAGUGUGCUAGAAGAAGUUUUUGCUUCAAGGGCAGGAAAGAAUUAACUAGGGAAAAAAGCUUAGUUUUUUUAUAUUCCAUGUCCUGUGAAGUGUUAUGUACAGUGUCUUCAUUAUUAAACAUUAUCUUAAAGUACAUGA